AUGGCGACGCUUUCACACGCUCAAGCUGUGAAGUCUCUCAACCAAUCCCCUGAUAGUGACAAUAAUUUUGUUUUUCGGUCAUUCUCCAAGAGAAUACAUGAUAUUGAAAUCGAUGUUUAUACAAGUCUUGAACGGAUCAAAGCUGUGCCUCUGGAAGGUUCUUUUUUCAGAGACGCCCUAAUAUAUUGGAGGGAAUUGAAUACUACCGAGGAUUUUAUCUCAUUCUACGAACAAGUCAUGCCUUGUACACAAACACAUUGCCUCGUGCUGUUGCAGAAGGAAUUAUUAAUCUCAAACCUACUUUCUAGGUUGCACAUCAAAUCAAGGCUCUCCCUUGAACCGCUUCUUAUGUUAAUUGCAGAUUUAUCUAGAGAUCUUCUACAAGAGUUUAUUCCGCUAUUUCCAAGAAUUGUUGAUUCUUUAGUAUCUCUUCUAGAAAGUGGAGCUGAUAGGGAGCCAGAUAUAAUUGAGCAGAUCUUCACGUCAUGGUCAUAUGUUAUGAUGUAUCUGAAGAAAUAUCUAGAACACGACCCAUCAAAAGUGCUUAAGGCCACACCAAGAUUGAGGUAUUAUCCAAAGGAAUAUGUUCAACAAUUCAUGGCAGAGGCAGUGUCAUUUGUUUUCAGAAUGGCCCCAAAUAAGCAACUCAAAAUAGGAAUUACAAGUGUCAUCGCCGAGGCAGUGAAGGAGCCGUCUCCAUGCCGAAAGUCUGGUGUUGGAUUAUUGCUUUAUAAUAUCAUGAAAGGUUACUCAUCAACGCUCCAUUCAAAAGCAGAGCGAGUGUUACAGAUAUUGACAAGCGAAACAAUUUAUACCAUUGCUGAUGGAGCCGACCAAGAGUCAAAAACCAUUUUGAACAUCAUAGAAACCGUGUUUAAUAAAUUAUGCGAGACAACGGAGCCCAAAGAGUUGAAUUUGGUAUGGCGUUGCUUAUAUAAGGAAGUGCACAAGUGUGUUAGUACUGGAAACAUCAGGCAUUUAAGACGCAAUCUAUCAGUGCUUGUCUCAGCUGUAAAGGUGGAAAAAGGGCGAAAGGUGUCUGAUUAUAAGCCUAUGCUUGAACUCGUCCUCUUGCUUGUGCGCUCAUAUAUCACACCUUUGGGUGUUGCCAAGUCACAAGAAGAUACAUGCUUAGUCGUUGAUGAAGUUUUGAACUUAAUGUUGGCUACUCUCGACGGACUCUGUAGUUACAGCAAAUCAAUGAUAUCUGGGUGUGCUUCUCAGUGGGCUCCAAUAUUUAAAUCACGAAGCUCGAGUUUGCUACAUUUCAUUGAAAAACUGCUAGAGAAGGAUCACUGUUUACUUGCUUUUAAAAGUAAUGUUAUAAGUGCAAUAGAUGAGUUAAUGGAGAUUUCAGAGGAGGAGGUCAUACACCUAUUACAAUCCUUCUGUGAGAAAUUACAAUUGGAUAUACGAGACUCAGACUUUGUAGACGGAGAAAGUGCAGAAGCAUUAGUUAGGAUAUGCAAUCAUUUGCAAGGGACUAUCCGUUCUUGGAUUGAAAAAAUAAAUGAUAUUGCACAUUCUGAUGUUUCUUGUGAAAUUGAUGAAAGAAAGGUGGCACUGUUGUGGGGAGUUGUGAACUGCUAUUCUCAUAUGUCUAUUGUUGACGCCAUUCCAUCUUUGUUGGUGCAUCUUAUGGAUGCGAUAGAUCAGCUUCUAACCGUUAAAGCUGUCCACAUUGCAGAUACGUCAAAAAAAGCAUGGGAAAGCAUUAUAGGUGCUUCACUAAGUUCUUACAACAGAUUAUGCAAUGCUAGUAACCUCGGAGCUGAUGAAACCAAAAAGUUCUUAUUUUUUGCAAAACGAUACAAGUCAUCUUCACAUGUGUUGUCGGCUGUUGCUGAUUAUUUGGAAAGCAAGUAUGGUUAUUCUUUGGAAGAUAUUGGGUGUAGAAUGUACCAUCCAGAACUUGAAGAAAUGACUGCAGAGGAAGUGGCAGCAUUUGGUGAUAAUUUGUGCCAUUCAAACAAGGAGGUUCGCAUUCCAAAUCUUAAAAUACUCUGUCACUACAAAUCUUUGGGUGAGGAAAAUUCUUCGAUGGAUCAGUCAGCUUCGAAAAAAAGGAAAAUCGAAGCUUCGAUGGAUCAGUCAUCUGCGAAGAAAAGGAAAAUCGAAGCUUCCCCAACUUCCAUUGUGGAUAACACAGGAAAUAAUCCUCUGCUGGUUCUACUGUCCAUUGAAACAACUCCAGUUUCAUUUUCUACAAGCCGAAGUAUCCAACUAUUGAUUUCUAAGAUACGGAUGGACCUAUCUGCCGGAAGGAUUACAGAUGUUUAUGCACCUCUUGUUUUGAGUGGGUUAUUUGGCAUCUUGAAUAUCCAAUUAAGCGAUAUCUGGAAUCAUGUAUUAGAUUGCAUUUCGGUCUUGGUUAGCCUGCAUUUUUCACUUGUGUGGGAUACCUUUGUCAAUUAUCUGGAAAGAUGUCUAGCAAUAAGAGAAACCUCUAACAGUGCCGAUGGUACAUCGUUUGAUCAGCCAGCUGGUUUACUGCUGCAAGCUUUACAAAAAAUUCCAACUGUUAUUGAAUCUGGCUCUAGGCAAUUCAUUCCUCUUUUUUUGAAGUUCUUAGGAUACAAAACUCUUGAUCUUGCAAGUGUGGGAUUGUUUGACUCUCAUGCUUGUAAAGGAAAGCAGUGGGAGCUGAUCUUGAAGGAAUGGCUAAACUUGUUGAAACUUAUGAAAAAUCCCGAGUCAUUUUACUUGAGCCAAUUUACUAAGGAGGUUCUGCAGAAUAGGCUUAUUGAAGAAAACGAUCCUGAAAUACAGUUUAAAGUUCUGGAUUGCCUAUUAAUCUGGAAAGAUGAUUACUUUUUACCAUAUACCGAGCAUCUGAGAAACUUGAUUAGUUCCAAAAGUACAAGGGAGGAACUAACUACAUGGAGUUUAUCCAAGGAAUCUAAAAUGAUUGAAGAAUGUCAUCGAGCUUAUCUUGUGCCCUUGGUUAUCCAUAUUUUGAUGCCAAAAGUAAGAAAGUUGAAAGGACUUGCAUCUCGAAAGAAAGCAAGUAUUUGUCAUCGGAAAGCUAUUCUGAGUUUCAUAGCUGAACUCGAUAUCACUGAGCUGCCUCUUUUCUUUGCAUUACUGAUAAAGCCGUUGCAAAUAGUAGAGAAAACUGAUGGACCAGCUAACUUGUUUUGGACUUUACCUAUAGGUUGCACUAAUGAAUUUCAAGCGUCUUCUUUGUUAGAAUACUUUACUUUGGACAAUAUUGCAACCUUAUCCUGGAAUAUGAAAUACGGUUUCUUGCAUGUCAUAGAAGAUGUUGUUGGAGUUUUUGAUGAAUUGCAUAUUAGACCUUUUCUUGAUUUGCUGGUGGGGUGUGUUGUUCGAGUGUUGAGUUGCACAUCAAGUCUUGACAACGAAAAACUGAAUGAACUUUCUUCAGACAAACACAAUUCUAGCCCCAGCUCAAACUCCUUUGGCAAGGAAAGUGUGGUAGAAAAUCAAACAUUGAUUGGCAAUUCUUCAAAUCAGCUCAAGGAUAUGAGAUCUCAGUGCCUGAAAAUUAUUUCCUAUGUUGUCAAUAAAUACGAGGAUCAUGAAUUUGAUUCUGAUAUGUGGGACAGAUUCUUUUCCUCUGUAAAACCCCUGGUUGAUAAAUUCAAACAGGAGGCUGCCAGUAGUGAGAAACCAAGUUCACUGCUAACUUGCUUUCUGGCCAUGAGUUCAAACCAUAAACUGGUAGCAAUAUUAUGCCGGGAACAAAGUCUCAUACCUGAUAUAUUUUCCAUUGUUUCUGUAAAUUCAGCUUCUGAAGCUAUUGUAAACUGCGUUCUCAAGUUUGUCGAGAACUUGUUAAGCCUUGACAAUCAGUUGGAUUAUGUAGACAGUUCUGCCCAUAGAGUUUUAGUUUCAAAUUUUGAAGUGCUUAUGGACAGCAUUUGUUGUUUAUUUGAAAGUGGUAAUGCAUCCUCGAGAAAACUAAUCAAAUCUCCUGGGGAGACAUUGAUAAGAAUUUUCAAAUUCUUACCUAAGUACAUCAAGGAGGCAGAGUUUGGCAAGCGGUUUGUGGAAAUACUGCUUCCGUUUUUGGAAAUGAAAACACAUAGUUCUGAUGUUCGUAUUGAAGUCUUGCAAGUCAUUCAAAACAUCAUACCCAUAUUAGGAAAUGGAAGCACCACUAAAAUUUUGAGUGCUGUUUCUCCUUUAUAUGUUUCGGCUGAGUCAGAUAUGCGUAUGAGGAUAUGUGAUCUUCUUGAUGUUCUUAUUGCAUAUGAUGCAUCUGUACUCUUGGUGGCUAAACUUCUUCGUCAGCUGAAUUCAAGAUCUAGUUUGGGUUGGCUUGAUCAUGAUGUUAUUUUGGAUGCCUACAAAAACAUCAAUACAGAUUUCUUUAGAAAUGUUGAAGUGGAACAUGCAUCACUUAUUUUAUCCCACUGUGUGCUUGACAUGUCCUCAGAAGAAACAAUGUUUGUUUAUAAUGCUCAUAGUUCAUUGCUAUCUUUUAUUGAUUUUUCUGCACUCAUCCUUUUGCAAGAGGUAGGCAGUGAACAGGAGUUGUCUGUAAUGCAAAACACUCAUAGUUGUUGGACAAAAUCAUGCAUCCACCACAUUACAAAGAAAUUUCUGUUGAAGCAUGUGGCAGAUGCCAUGGAUGGACCGCUUUCUGUUAGAAAGGGAUGGAUGAAGUUGUUAAGUCAAAUGGCUUUAAAGCUUCCAGAUGUGUCGAACCUUAAAUCACUCACAGUUCUGUGCAAUGAGGACAGUAAAGCAAAUUUUUUUGACAAUAUAACCGAUUCAGUGAUCCGUAAGAGAGUGAAGGCAUUGUCGCUGUUUAGAAAUGUUAUCAGCACAAACAAAUUAUCAGAGUUUAUCACUGAAAAAGUGUUCAUGCGACUCUUCUUCAACAUGUUGUUAGAUGAGAAAGAAGGAAAGGUGGACCAUAUGAAAACUGCAUGCAUAGAGACCAUUGCUUCUGUAGCUGGUCAGAUGGGAUGGAAGUCAUACUAUGCAUUAUUGAACAAAUGUUUUCAGGGAGCAUCCAGGAGUUCAGACAAACAUAAACUCUUUAUACGCCUCAUCUGUUCUAUUUUGGAUAAAUUUCACUUUUCAGAACUUUCUCACACUGAAGAACCUAAGAAAUCAUUGGCUUGUGCUUCUGACAUGGGGAUAAGUGACAUUGUUUCUUCAGUUAAUUUAGGAAACUUUGGUACGUCUGAUGUGAACACAGAUAUACAGACGUGCCUCUAUAAAGUUGUGCUUCCUAAGAUACAAAAGCUGAUGGAUUCUGAUUCAGAAAAGGUCAAUGUAAAUAUAAGUCUUGCUGCAUUAAAACUACUUAAGUUACUUCCAGGUGAUGUGAUGGACACAUAUCUUUCAACUAUCCUUCAUCGAAUUUCAAACUUCUUGAAGAGUCAUCUAGAAAGCAUUCGUGAUGAAGCUAGGUCUGCAUUGGUUACUUGUUUGAAAGAACUUGGAUUGGAAUACUUGCCGGUCAUUGUUAAGGUUUUGCGAUCUACCUUAAAGCGAGGAUAUGAACUUCAUGUCCUAGGAUACACACUGAAUUUUAUUUUGUCCAAUUGUCUUUCAAAUGCAGCGAGUGGAAAGAUAGAUGACUGUUUGGAGGAUCUCCUUUCUAUCAUAGAGAAUGACAUUUUUGGAGCUGUUGCGGAACAGAAGGAGGUGGAAAAGAUAGCUUCAAAAAUGAAAGAAACAAAGAGGAAAAAGUCAUUUGAGAGCUUGAAAUUGGUGGCCCAAAACAUUACAUUCAAAAACUAUGCGCUAAAGCCCUGCCAAAAAAAAAAACAAAAAAACUAUGCGCUAAAGCUGCUUGCACCAGUGACUGCUCAUUUGAAGAAACAUGUCACGCAAAAUGUAAAAGGAAGAUUGGAAAAUAUGUUGCAUAGUAUAGCUACUGGUAUUGAAAGCAAUCGAUCUGUAAAUCUGGCUGAUCUAUUUGACUUUAUUUAUGACAUUGUUGUGGAUGGCUUACAGAAUGAGAAUGGUUGGCAUGAGAAUAAGUUGACAAAAUUGGAAGAUAAGGAUAGCCAUACUAACGCUAAUUCAGGCAGUGUAGUUGCUAGUGGCUUAUUAUGCUCACAUCUGAUAACCGUGUUUGGUAUCAGAACAUUACAUAAACGUAUGAAGGGUUUGAAACAGGGUGUAAAAGAUGAAAAUACCUUAUCCUUAUCAGAUCGAUUUGUCAAGCUAUUAAGUGAUGGUUUGUACUCGAAGUACGAGGAGAUAUUGUCUGCUUCCCUUGAAUGCCUUACUGUAAUGGUAAAAUUGCCUUUGCCAUCUCUUCAAGUACAUGCUGAGAGAAUAAAGUCUGCUGUAUUGGAUAUUGCCCAAAGUUCAGUGAACUCUAUCAGUCCUUUAAUGCAGUCAUGUUUGAGAUUGCUGACUAUGCUUUUGAGAAACACUGAAAUUUCUCUCACCCCAGAUCAGAUACAUAUACUAAUUCAGCUUCCAAUAUUUCUGGACCUCGAAAGAAAUCCAUCAUUGGUAGCCCUUUCACUUCUAAAGGGUAUUGUCAACCGCAAGCUGGUUGUACCUGAGAUAUAUGAUAUUGUUACUAGGGUUGCUGAAUUGAUGGUCACAAGUCAAAUGGAAUCUAUUCGCGAGAUAUGCCGUAAAAUAUUGUUGCAAUUUUUGCUUGAUUAUCGACUUUCACAAAAGCGCAGGCAACAACAUCUUGACUUCCUGCUCUCGAAUUUGAGGUAUGAACAUUCGACUGGGCGGGAAUCUGUUCUUGAAAUGAUUCAUGCUAUUAUAGUCAAAUUUCCAAGAGAUGUUUUGGACGAGCAGUCAAAGACAUUUUUUCUCCAUUUGGUAGCUUGCUUGGCAAAUGAUAAUGAUGAUAUUGUUUGUUCUAUGAGUGGGGCUACUAUAAAGAAGCUCAUUGGUUCUGUUAGUUCCAGUGCACUUAAACCUAUUCUUAAAUAUGCUCUUUCUUGGUAUUCAGGUGACAAGCAGCAACUCUGGGCUGCUGCCACACAGGUUUUGGGGUUGCUGAUUGAGGUAGUAAAGAAUGAAUUUCUUAGUCAUAUAGACUACAUUUUGCCGGUGACUUGUCGCAUCUUGCAGUCUGCUAUACAUGUCACAAACAGGCAAAAGAGCUUUGAGUCCGAAUCCAACCUUCCACUUUGGAAGGAGGCGUACUAUUCUUUAGUUAUGUUGGGCAAGAUAAUUCAUCAAUUCCAUGACUUAUGCUUUACAAAGGAACUAGAGGGUAUAUGGGAAGCAAUAUGUGAGAUGUUGUUGCACCCACACUCUUGGUUACGCAACAAAUCGGGUCGUCUCAUAGCUCUAUACUUUGCACGUGUAACAGAUAACAACAGAGAAAAUCAUCAAAGCUCCUUAAAUAGUUAUUUUAUGAUGAGUCCUAGUAGAUUAUAUUUAAUAGCCACUUCUCUUUGCUGCCAAUUGAAAAUGCCACUCAUAGAUGAGGUUGACAGCAACCUGAUGACCCAGAAUAUUGUCUUUGCUAUUUUUGCUUUAAUGAGGCAAACUGCCAGCAUAGAUCCAUCUGCAUUCUGGUCUACUCUUGAGCAAAAUGAGAAGAAUCGGUUUCUCAAAGCUUUUGACUUGAUUAAUGCAAGAAAAGGAAGAAUGAUGUUCAUGUCUUCAUCACUUACCUCCUCCGUAUGUGAAGACAGUAGUCAAGUUAAUGUUAAGAACACCCAACAGAUACUUGUAUCGUUAUUGCUCAAGAAGAUGGGCAAAAUUGCUCUUCAAACAGAUGCUAUUCAGAUGGAAAUAGUCUUCAACAGUUUUGGUAAACUUAUGGCACAGAUAGAGAUGAGCAUGGACUAUGCACACAUAGUCCUGAUACCUCUGUAUAAAGUUUCUGAAGGAUUUGCUGGAAAAGUGGUAGCUGAUAAUCUGAAAAAGUUGGCAGGAGACACCUGUGGGAAAAUAGAGAAUAUUAUUGGUACUCAAAACUUUGUCCAAGUUUAUAACCUUAUCAGGAAGAACCUGAGUUUGAAAAGAAAUAAGAGGAAACAAGAAGAAAAGCUCAUGGCUGUUAUCAACCCGAUGCGAAAUGCCAAAAGGAAAUUGAAAAUUUCUGCCAAGCAUCGUGCCAACAAAAAGAGAAAGGUUAUGACUUUGAAGAUGAGGAGAGAUGGAAUCGUUGUUUGA